CGAAAGUUUCACAACCAAACCCAUUCGCACGCACAAGCAAACGCAGUCUUCCACACGUUGACGGACGUCCACUCCUUUUCUUACGUACGUCCGUCUCUCGAUCUGCGCGCAUUCAUAUUCCUUGUCUUCUUGCCUCAAUACCGCUAGCAGCAACUGCAGCAGCAUCACCACCGCCGCAGCCGCAGCCACAUUGCGACACGUCUGUCCAUCCCUGUGAAUGUGAGAGAUACUCCUGGGCUGAAGAAACAGCAAUAAUGUCGACCUUUUCGACGAGCUUUUGGUCGAGCGACUAUGCCGGAGGUCUGGGGGUGCUGUUCAGCAAGCUACAGCAAGGCGUCCAAGAAAACCAACAGGUGCUCACCAUUGCCCGUCUAAGAGCCGAUGCCGAAGAGACAUAUGGCAACCGCCUUGCCGACAUCAUACCUGCCACCGAUCGGAUACAAGGCGGCUUCCAGCGCGACGAUGGCGCUAGCGUUCGCAAGGCGUACGAAGGCAUGCGCACAGAAAUGAACGAGGCCGCAAAGAACCACCGUAAGAUCGCGUCCAAUAUCCGUGAGCUUGUCAUCAACCCUUUCAGUCGCUGGUGCGACGCCCACGCUGUCCGUGUGCAGAACUCACAAGAUGACCUGCAAGCGCGCAUCAAGCUCCACGACAGACAGGCCGAGCAGGUCAAGAAGCUGCGCAGCCAGUACUACAACAAGUGCAGACUACUGGAGGAUCUGGAAGAAGAGGACAAGCUGGCCUUCAAGGAUCCGCAGAGCAGUCCCAAACAGAACAGUCCCAAGCAGGCCAGCACUGCUACACCUACCAUCAACAUUCAGCAGCCAGAUCCGGAUGAAGAAGAGGAACCCAUCGAGAUCGGCGACAAGACCUAUACUCCCGAAGAGCUCAAGAAGCUCCUCACGGACAUGCUUAACACAAUCAAGCUGGGCGAGGUCAAGGUGCCUAUCCUAGGCACGUACCAGAACGUCUCGACGGGCGCCGAUAUUGUGCAGUACAUCCAGAAGAACAUGGGUGCUGACAACGUCGGCUAUGCCGAAAAAAUUGGCCAGGACCUCGUGGACAACGGCUUUCUGCGCCUCGUCGGAAACGUGGGUAGCACAUUCGCCAACAGUUCAAAGAUGAACUAUCAGUGGAAGCCGAAGGUCUUCAAGCUCACAGGAGUACCAGAGCGUGUAAAACCCGUGUCGCGAACGUCUUCUUUGGGCCUGAACGACAUUGAUUCACCUGCCGCCGUGGGAGACAUAAUUGCCGGUUGGAACCCGCUAAAUAACCCUUACGCCAACGAGACGCCUUCCCAGCGUCUAAAACGCGAGGCGACAGAAGCAGAUGAGCGCUACAAAGCAGCUGUCCGAAAGCUAGACGCUCUGCGGUGCAACCUGGAGGAAGCUAUGAUCGAUCACCUGAAGUUCAUGGAGCGCUGCGAGCUAGACCGCCUCAAAGCCAUCAAGGCUGUCAUCCUCGACUUUUCUGGCGCCAUUAGCAAUGUCAUCCCCAGCCUGCAGAGUACCGUAGACCACAUGAUGCUCUUCCAAGAGACGGUCCAACCGCUCGGCGACCUGCGGUAUCUGCUUGAGAACUACAGGACAGGCGGCUUUGCGCCCAAGGUCGUGACUUAUGAGAAUUAUUACAAUUCGGUCGAUGGGCAGACUUUUGGCGUUGACUUGGAGGCGAGGGCAAGAGCGGACAGGAAGAGGGUGCCACUCAUUAUCACGACGAUCUUGACAUAUCUUGACAAUCACUACCCCGAUCUGGACGGAGACGAGGCACGACGUGCCAUCUGGCUUGUGGAUGUGCCGCUGGCAGCAACACAUCAUCUCCGGAUGGCGAUCAACGACGGGAAAGCACCGUCGGUUGAGGUUUUGGAGCAGUAUGAAAUACCCAUUGUUGCCUCUGUUCUGAAGCUGUAUUUGCUUGAGCUCCCGGACUCUCUCGUCUCUUCUCACGUCUACGAAAUCAUCAAGACGAUUUACAGCACCACCGCCACCGAGACUACGGACGAGGCUCGCGUCGCUGUCAUUCAGAACACGCUAGGACAGCUCCGUCUCGCGAACAUUGCGACCUUGGAUGCCAUCACCACGCACUUUACCCGCCUAAUCGAACUCACAUCAGCAGACGAGGCCUACGUUCACUCUCUGUGCACCAAUCUCGCGCCAUGUAUUCUUCGGCCACGCCAGGAAACAAGCUUGACUAUGAACGAGAAGUAUAAUUACAGACUGCUGCGCGACCUGUUCGCUCACAAAGAGGCCAUUUUCGGGGAGCUCAAACGUGCCUCCUCGCAGGCCAAUCGUGCUGUCUCUGAGGCUGCAUCGGCGCGUGCGGCUGCCCGUAAUCGCGGCAUGAGCACGGAUGAGCGAGGACGCCAGCUAGCAGAACAGGAACGCCGCCAAGCCAUCGCCGCGAAGUCAUCCAGGAACCCAUCUCCUGCACCAGCGGAGAGACGCAGCAUUCGGCGAGAACGCAGUCCCAAUCGCAUGAGCGGUGAUGCCACGACGCGCUUCCCCGUCAGUCCGUCGGCGGCCAUGCACUCUCCGUCAGGGUCGGCAAGUACAACCUCGCCAACGGAACGGCGCGGCACGCUUGUGAGGCAGAGUUUGGAGGUACCGGGCAGCGCUGACAGCAGCCCUAUCGUGGGCGACGUGCCAGCAUCUGCGGUCAAGACGAACGGCGUCGCAAAGGAAGACGGGCUCAAUAAAAGAGACAGUCUUGGACGAGGAAGCGUUGUCGGACGGCGCGGCGCACCACCCGUUUCGACGAGACAGAGCCUGUAUGGUAGCACGCCAGGCCCGCAUAGGGAUAGCGUGAGCAGCAACGCUGCUCCGGUCGUGGAAGAGGGUCAUCGUGGUGUUGAGUUGAGCGACAAGCCCAUGGACGAUUAGGCGAGUUUGCUUUGUGCUACUUUGUCACCGGCCUAGACGAGCCAAGAUAGAUGACGAAUGGAGCGUGGCGUUGGAGAUUUUGGGGCAUGGUCUGCUUAGCCGGAUGUGACCUUUUUUUUUAUGUGUAUGUGACUGUUUAGUGUACGUGGGCACACUAUUAGCGGGUAUCCAGGCUGUACUACUAGUAUACACCACGAAUGAGCAUAUGAUUGUUGCGUGCGUGAAAG